AUGUUUUUAAAUAAGAAGAAAUAUAAAAUAAUAAAUAUUCCAAUUUCUUUAUUAAUAGUUUUUUUGAUUCUAAUUUCAUUUUUUUGUCCUUGGGAAAUUAUAAAAAAUAAAAAUAAUAGUGGUGAUAUGAUAACAUUUAAUAUUAGAUAUCUUUUUAGUUUUUUCGGUUCAAAUAAUAUAACAUAUAGUCCAGGACUAUCAUCAAGUACAGUUUGUUUAUUUGGAAUUUUAACAAUUAUUUUACAAUUUAUAAACUUUUGGGUGGAUUUUAAAAUAAAUGCUUGUUUACCACCUGCAUUUAAUAAUUGUCGAUCAGUUUUUAUUUAUGAUGAAUUUUCAAAUCCUAAUUUUUUAUCUUUUUUAUUUUAUAAUUCAAUUACAACUUCACCAUCAGUAGGAUUUAAAUUAACAGUUUUUUCAAAUAUUAUUUCAAUUUUAUUAUUCCUAUUUACACUUUUUUUUAAUAAUAAUCAAGAAAAAAAUAAUAAUAGAGAUAAAAAUAAUAAUUUUAAAAAAUUUAGUAGAAAAAGAUCAAGAAUUUUAAAAAGAAAAAAGAAAAAUAAUGGAAUGGAUCAAAUAACAAGAAAAUCAAAAUCAAAAAUAAAAAUAAAAACAACAACAAUUUCUUUACCAAAAAAUGAAAAUAUAAAUGAAAAUCAAACUAUUAUUAAUAUAAACAAAAAUGAAGAUAACAAAGGUGAUAAAGAUAAGAAUAAGAAUUUUGAAGAUUUUGCUGGUGAUGAAUAUAUUUCAGAAGAAACUUUGUUAAUUAAAAAUAAAAAUAAUGAAAGAGAAAAUGAGGGAUGUGGAGAGAAUGAAGCUAGCUGUGAAAGUGGAGAGAGUUAUACAUUUGAUAGCAAUGAAAUUUGGGAAAAUGAAUCUUCUGGUGAUAACGAUAGUAAUUUUGAAAUACAAAUAAAUACCAUAUAA